UUGACGCAAGGUACAUAGCGUUAUGGCAUUUUUAAAGUUUUAAAAUCAAUUAAACUAACGUCUUAUUUUAUAAAGUUACUGAAAAUAAGUCACAAUGUUUCAGUGAUGUUAUUGUGUUUGUUAAAUUUGAAGGCUUUUCGAUGUAUCUUGAGUUAGUUACGUUGUAUUUGUUAUGUGUUGUCCGUUUGAGUUCGAGAAAUGUCAGUGCAACUGGAAGUGGAUAGAGUUGGUCAUUGAAUAUCUUGUUGUUGUGUGAUGAGAUGUCGUCGGUGCACUGCGUGGUGGUAUGGGAGUGGCAGUGCAAUGGGCAGUGGCUGCCCCACUCGCCCGGUGUGGCACGCACACUGGAGCGUGCGCAUGCUAAGAAGUUGACUCGGGUGGUUCUGGCUGAUGCGGACCCUGCACUCAAGGGACACUAUGUAAAUCUGUUGACUCUCACACAGUGCUCUGAUGCUCCAGAGGGUGUGUGUGGGGGCGGGGCGGCGGGCGCGGAGUGCGCGGUGCGGCGCGCCUGCUACAGCGUGCAGUCGCCGGGCGGGCUCGGCGUGACGCGCAUGCUCGAAGUCAUGCGGAGCUGGUACUGCAGCCUGUCCCAAUGGACAGCGUUGAGCCCGCUCAGAGGUGCUCAUCACGUUAACAGUAAAAUAAAAAGAUAA